CAGGCGUUGCAGUCCAGUCGCAUUGCCGGCCACACUGCGUCGGCAUACCAGCCGAACACCGUCAUUACAGCGCCGUUAAAGAGUAGUUUUAUUUUUGUACAGUGUUCUUUUUAUUGUAUGUUGUAAUAAUUCCUUUAUAUCCUGUGAUGCCUGCUAGUCUGUUUUCCGAUAUGGAUCGAAAUAAUAGCGGUCUCGAAGACCAAAGAGCACUACAACUAGCAUUCGAAUUAUCAAUGCUAGGUUUCAAUGAUUCCUCACCUACAACGACUGAACCAUCACCCGGCGAGACCCUCACGCCUGCCUUCCCCGACGAGAGCAGAGGCAAGAAGAGCCAAAACAUGACGGAGUGUGUGCCUGUGCCAAGUUCAGAGCAUGUAGCCGAAAUCGUGGGGAGACAAGGUUGCAAGAUCAAGGCUUUGCGUGCCAAGACGAACACAUACAUAAAGACUCCAGUGCGAGGAGAAGAGCCAGUAUUUGUUGUGACUGGGCGCAAAGAAGACGUGGCCAAAGCUAAACGGGAGAUACUAUCAGCAGCAGAGCAUUUUUCACAGAUCAGGGCAUCACGUAAGAACAACUUAGGCGGUGGGGGUCUGGGUGGUGUAGGGGGGAACUCAACAGCGCCUCCUGGGCCUCCAGCAAAUGUUCCUGGUCAUGUCACAAUCCAAGUCCGCGUUCCUUAUCGUGUGGUGGGCCUGGUGGUGGGUCCAAAAGGAGCAACCAUCAAACGCAUCCAACAUCAGACACACACCUAUAUUGUUACACCUUCACGUGACAAAGAACCAGUGUUUGAGGUGACAGGUUUACCGGAGAGUGUAGAGACUGCAAGGCGGGAGAUAGAGGCGCACAUUGCAAUGCGGACUGGAAAUGGAACCGUAGCAGGGAGCUUGAGUAGUGCAGCGGGACUUGCUGGCACACUGUUAGGUAGCGCUGGUCUUAUCGAUGAGUCUCCGGACUUGUUGGCUUCUCUUUACAAAUCAGGCCUUGGAUCGCUGUUUAGUUAUCUGGAUAACAGCCUGGCACCCACCACGCCUGCUUCAACUACUGGUCUUGCAGAUGGAUCCAUGCCCAUCUCCUUCCCUUCCAUGACGUCAUCAACUGGCAGCACAGGCGCCUUCUCUUCAUCUGGAUCUUGCAGCUCCUCGUCUAGUUCAUCGGGCUCCGGUGGCCAAGGGAGUCGGCUUGGAGACUUGGUAUCCAUCUGGAAUGGCAGUCUGGAUCGUGAUGAAGGACUUGGAGAAUCCCCAUCAUUUGAGACAGCCACUGCCCCUUCCAGCAUCUGGUCAUUCCCAUCAGGCGGUUCAUCUGUUCCAGCAACACGACCGUCGCCUGCAGCAUCUGUUUCACCCACAGACUCACUGACAAGUCUGGGAAGUUUGGGAGGACUAGUAAGUGGCAACAGUGGCGGGGCUGGUAGUGGCGGUCGCCGUGACUGCCUUGUUUGUGGAGAGAAGGAAGUGGAUGCUGCCCUAGUACCAUGUGGGCACAAUCUCUUCUGCUUGGACUGUGCCAAUCGGGUGUGUGACGGGGAUGCUACUCCACUCUGCCCUGUCUGCCAGUUGCCUGUAGCACAGGCUAUUCGAAUCUUCUCCUAAGAUAGAAGAACAAACAGCAGUAUGCUAGCAUAUUCAUUUCCAUUUAUAAGGUUGUUCUUAACACUAUUUGCUCAGGGAAUCCAGAAUUCCUUGAUUCACUGCACACCAUGUUGGUAGCACAUGGGGUUAAGAACACAUCAUUCGGAGACAUGGGCUUUGACAGAAUGUAUUGGUGCCAGUGGGGUCUGGAUAAGAAGAAAAUUUUUAUACAACGAAAGAGUAAAUUAAAUUAUUUAAAUCUAUAUUUUAUGUUAAAUAUUUUUGUUUGAAUGUUUAGUUUUUGAAUGUAUGGAGUGUGAUUUUUUCCCUUGCCCCAACACAAUAUUUGGGUACAUUCUGUGGAAAGCAGGUCUCUGUCAUUAAUAAUAAAAAUAAUAAUAAUAAUAAUAAUAAUGCAUGCCACCGCCCCCACCCCUGCCUCAGCACAUUAAUAAUGUGUGGGGAAAUUCAUCCAAAUCAAGAGUGCAUAAUAUAUUAAUAAUAUUAAUAGUAUCACACAUUUUAAGAGUAUUAUAAAAUAUUUUAACGAGAUUUAGAUUUUUGUAUUAUGUGUAUGUGUGGAUGUGAAUGUAGAUAAACAUAAAAAAAUUAAAAAAGACAUGUUGACUAGAAACAUCUCUUGUGAGAUUUUCUUUUAUUUCUUAUAUUCUUUUGUGGGGAAUUCUGAUUAAAAUAGUAGGCAAUUCUCAUUAUUUAAACUAUGAUAAAACUAAUAUAAAAAUAACAGCAGUCAGUCAGACAGAGGACAGGGUUCCACUAGCUCUGGCUGUGAUUCUUAAAACUGCCAUCGGCAGCGCUGAUGUUGCGUUGCGUCCUCCAUUCUUAAAAGCGGCUGUUGCAACCGUUCAGUAUCCAAAGGGGGGCAGGAAAAUCUGGUGAUUUAAUUAUGAUUAAUGUUAUGUAUUAUUACUAUUAUUAUUACCACUCAACAUCCUUGCAUCAUCAUCAUUACUGUCAUCGACACCUUAUCAUAACCAUUUUUGUCUUAACUAUUAUAGCAUUGGAGGUAGAACGUCAAACUGAAGGAGUCAUUCCUUGUUAUUGCCUGGAUAUUUAUGAAUAGACAUAUCCCUUGUUAGCCGUGUUGCUUGUUCUGUUUUCAUGUGAUAUAGCCAUAAGUUAUUGAAAGAGUAUUAUGAAAUUAUUUAUCUAGAAUAUCCUUACAUUUAUUCUCAUAAGAAAUCAGGCAUUGCUGUAGGUAGUUAAGUAUUGCACAUCACUUGCCAAGGCUACUUUCUUUUAUCCAUGUGCAGUUCUGUGGCGAUGACUUAGAUCCAAUAAUAUAAGCCUUCUGACAUGACUGACAGAUCUUUGGCUACAUACAUGGCAUGCACAUUACGUAAAAGAAAGCUAAUUUAACAAGAUAAAACUGCUCAAUUACUUAUGGAUGACUCCCUUGAUCUAAAUGGAUUUUACUCUCCGCAUUCCAGAGAGGCGGUGAGGAGAUUUUUGCAUACUAAUGUUGUAAUUGUUCUCUAUCUCAACUUUUUCUUUUAUAUAUAUAUAUAUAAUAUAAAUAAUAAACUAAAUAAUUGCCACCCUUGUCCUCUGCCUGGCUGAGAUGUGGCGUGCCUCACAGAAAGUUUCAGUAUUUGAUUUUAUUAUUAUAAUUAUUAUUGAUGUUUAAGAAAUGAUUGUAUAUUAUUUUUUUGGCAUGUGUGUAGCUAUAAUGGUGUAAGAUUUAUUAUCAAAGUGACAACAAAGGAGAAAGGAAGUUCACCAUAGUAAAUGUACAAUAUCUUUGUUUUCCUUCAUGGUAAUUUAAACAUUUUAUUUUUUUACCUUUUUCACGAUAAUUAUUACAGUAAUAUCUAAUACUUGUAAAUUAGUUUUGGGGUUGGUUGUAAAUAUUGCAACUGAGACAGUACAUAUGAACAGUUGUUCGGCAUUACUUCUAUUUUAAGACUUGCACAGAGUUGUGUUACUGAUGCAUACAAACCACUCCUUGUGCAUAUGUUGGGAUAUUAUGAAAUAUUUAUUAUUUUGACUAUGAAUGCAAAUUUUGAAAUUAAAAGUUGCAUGAUUUAUUGCCAGCCCCUGGAAUGAUCCUUAGCAUGAUAGACAAAUUUUGCAUUUUUCUAGAUAAAUUUCAACUAUAGGAACAAUUGCAAAUGGUAUACUGUGGCAAAUUCUUUCUCCCCUUGAUGAGUUUGCACAAUAUUUAAAUACAUUCAGAGUAGUAGUUUAGUGUUUUUCUAUUUUAUUAUGAUCCUAUAUAUAUUAUACUAUAUAUUAUAUAUGAUGUAGCUAUAAAGAAAUAUUAGUGACACUGGAGAAGUUAUUUUUUAUGUUAGUCUGCUCAAAAUGUGACAGGCCCAGAGUGAACUUUUCAUUUGAGACUGCAGUGGCCAUCUUGGAUUCGAUUUGAGUUUUGAAAAGCUCUCGUUUUGUCUUCCUAGGGGUCAGGUUGAAGAAAGCCUCCAUUGCAUUUUUCCUUUUAAUUUUCAAAUUUCCUUUAGUUUUUAGGGAGAAAGUUGGAGGUAUCAAAGAGAGUUACAGGAUAUAAUGCAUUUCUUGUUUCUUGAAGCAGUUGCAGAAUUAGUUUCCUUUGCAAAUUUGUUUUGAUAGCAAGGUAGAUAAACGUUAAUGGAGGGAGGUUGCAUAAACAAAUGUUGGUAGACCCAUGGAUAGUGCUGCUACUUUCAAAUCAAAGUGUGGAACUAGUUUCAAUGCAAUAAUUAAAGGCAGGAUCUUUGUAUGCAAAUAAUUUAAUUUAAAGGAUAAUAGAUGUUUUAAAAGAAUUGUUGAUGGUUCAGUCAUCAAGUUUCUUAAAAGUGUUACACUCCUUUUUGUUUGGUCUGUCAACAAACCAGAUCUGAGGUAUUCUGUCAGCUUGAUUGGGACAGAAAGUUGUGGUACAGAAGGUUCUCCAGCUCCACUUCGAUUAUAAAAGUAAUACUAAUAGAGAGGGUUGAAAGGGAUGGAUUAAAACUAAAUGCAACUAGCUUUUGACUGAAGAGGUGUCAACAUUUAGCGUUGUUAUUCUUAAUGUGUAAAAAUGUCCAGGCCUAAUUAUAUAUUAUAAUAUAUUUAAAAAAACUUUGAAAUGUUACGUAGUGUUUUCCAGCUUGGAUGCACAAAAUAUACAUAACAUUUAUUUAUAAUAAUAUAAAUGAUAAAUCUUAGACAUCUGAUUUUGUUGACUCCUUACCAGAAGCAGAGGACUGACUUGCUGCAGCUAAGGGAAUUAGCAGUUUAUGGCUUUACAAGUGAAUCACCAUUACCACGUUCUGCCUUGCAAAAUUAAUAUUGAAAACCAACAUUUUUCUAACUCUGAAAGCAAUAAUUACAUAGUUGAUGUUGCAGCAGUUUGGUCUUUAGCAACUGGUAUCAAGGAAACAGAAAAAGAACCUGCUCACCAUUAUAAUAACAUUAUGAAUUUAAACAAAUACUUCUAUUUAGUGUGUUCUUUGUGUGUGAAUGUGUAGGUUGUUAACAAAGAAGUAUCAUAGUGUAGGUCUUGUGUUUGAAAACCUGGGCUAAAAGUCACAAUAUGUGGUCACACAGUUAAUUUACAGUUCACAUUCUUGUAGAAUAUUAUAUUUAACUACUUAUAAAAACAAAGCAUUAUAAUAUGAAAGGUGUUUGAUGGUGUCCUGUUUUGUCAUCAGCGCACAAACUGUCAAGAGGAUGGUUUCUGAGGGCAGUGGCAUAACAAGAUAGCUGAUGCUAUUAACUUCAAGCUGCUUAACUAACUUAUGUUUUUAAAACAGUUGCACCAAGCCUGGUUUUAAAAACACAAGAUCAACAGGAAUUAUGCCAAGUGUUUUGUAUUGUAACGCUGCCUUACAACAGGGGACAGGAAAUUUUGAAGACCUUUUUGCUGUUGGCUAGAAAAAAUAUGAAAAUGAGACCUAUAUGUAUCAUAUGUAUAACUGUAUGGGUGAAGUGUCUGAAUAGAUGGAUAUGAUGCCCAGUUAAUCUGCCUCUUGAAUUCAGCAGGUAUUAAAGUAAAGAAAUUGGAUAGUCACGAAUCACAACUCAUGUUCUUAAAUAACUUACCGAUCACAGUAAUCCCACCGAGAAAACAAGUUUUUUUUCACAUGUCUUCUUGUUUUCCAAGUCAGUGAACACACGUGACUACAUCCACAUGAAAUUGUUUCCUUCCCUGUUUAUUGCAGAAUGGCUGAAGUGUACUGAAAUAUUAUAGUAAAUUAUAUUUGUUUAAUCUUGAAAUUCUAUUACAUAUUUCCCUAUUUUUUAAUAUUAUUUGCUUCUAUUCCUUCACAUUAAUUAGCACAGCAGCAAAUACACACACACACACAUACCCAUAUCAAAGCUUUACUGUGAUUUGAAAGACUGAUUAUGUGUUUUUUUGAAAAAAGAAAGAUAGAAAAAUAAAAAAUGGGGAAAAUUUCCAAUGAUUGUGAAAAGAGGGAGUUAAGGAUGCUCCUCACAGCAGUGGUUGACUACAUCUGCUAUGAUGAUAUUAACAGCAGCCUCAUUUUGCAGUUGUGUCGAGUACAUUUUAAAAACCUUAAUAUUAUAAAUAAAAGUCAUAAAUAAAAAAUCCGCCAACAGCAAAGAUGGGUCAAUUCUCUUCUGCUUUAAUGGCCAUUAAAAUACCAUUAAUAUUUUAUAUUUAUAACAGUAAUAGUUAUAUUUAUACUAUUCCAAUUUUGACAAAAAUACUAGCAUGAAACUAAGCAAACAGUCUUUUUUGAGGAGUUGUGCAUAACCAAGAAAUGUUACAUUUUCACAACACCCUAGAUACUCUUUGACCACAUGGAUAGAGUAACAGCUGAGGCAACCCAUGACUAUACUGAAUGUAACACUUAGUGACUCUAGUGUUCUCAGAGAUUAGAUGUUGGUGUAAUAAUCACAGCUGGGCAUAUUUCCUUGCCUAACAUGAACUUAUGUAACUCCAUGUAUAGUUUCCAAAGCUGGGAAAUCAGUAGAAUAAUCAGUAACUGUCUUUUAUAUCAGAUGAUGGAGGGAGAGGUCAGUUUGUGGACCAUGGAGUUGCCCAGACUCCAUGAACUAUGCAAUAAUUUGGAAUUUUAGAAAAAGUAUAUGCUGUCAGUAGCAUUUGACUGAACAUUUGUCAGUCCUGAUUUGCCUCUGCUCUCCUGGUGUAGUAUUUUCCCCCUCAUGAUUGUACAGUGCUGAUGAUGGUAAUUGUAGUUUCUUAGUACAUAACAUAGAGCAGAGUAUGAAUAUAAAGCAAUGGCUUAUGUGUUUUUGAGGUGCAUUGUUGUGGAAGCAAAUUUUCUUGUUCAGAUUUAAUAUAAUUAUGGAAUUGGAGACAUGUUUUUGUGUAGGAAACAGUAUAAUGUUUUUAUUCUUGAUUUUUAUAUAUAUAUAACUUUUUCAGAAGCAGUACUACUGUUAGGUUUGGGAUGACACUCGAAAUUUAUGGUGAACUUUUUUGAAAAGUUUGUAUUGUGUGUGCGUGUAUGUGUGUAUAUAUGUGUGGACAUGCACAGUGGAGGGAAAGAUAAUAAUUCUGAACCAUGGAUACUGAAAUGAGUCGGGUGACAAACAUAUGUACACAGUGAAGGAAGUCCCAAACCUGGCAAUGUUGUUUAUCUCUGAAUUUUGUAGUCUAUGUGAUCUGAAAGUUGCACCACACUACUUCCAGUCGGGCUUCAGGAGAGCCCACAAACCCCCUCUGACCCAUGAACCAAUAGAGUUUGCUCAACGCCCCUCAUUUCCUCCACCAUUCCACUAUGCAAUACUCUCAAAUGCUAUUUACAAUAUAUUUUCAAUCAAGGUGUAAGACAUGGAUCUUGUGGCCAGUUUGUACUCAACAGUAUAUUUGGGGUGGGAGGGGGUUUGAGAUAUUGCACCCCCUCCAUAUAGGAGUCUCUGCUGGAUUGGAGGGUAGGCAUGUGCAACUUCAUGCAUUGUUGUGAGCGUGGUAAAGAGUGAAUAUGUCUUCAUGGUAUAAGUAACAUAUAUUUACACUCGUUCACAUAUAGAAUAACAUUAAUCUUUCAUAAUAUAUCUAUCAAUUACCACAUUGAAAGUUAUUAUUCCCCCCCCUCA